AGAUAGGCCUACUAUCUCAAAUACAAUUUCAUACCGUUUUGCCUCAAGCUUUAUUAUUGUAAAAUAUUAAUCAUGGGUGACUUUUUACUAUACUAUUCCACAGUUUGCAAUUAUUUUCCUAUUUAUCAAUUGAUCAGAAAGCAGAACUGCACGAUUUGUUUCAUAAUGCCCGUUUCAGAUGAAGUUAUCAUUACCAAGAGUUGAUAUGAACGUGAGUUUAUACAACCAACAGCCUAUAUACACAUAUAUGAGAAUAGAUUAUGAAAUCGCAGUAGCUCUGUUCCACGGAGGGUGUAUACAGAGUUUACUUGUGUACAAAGAAAACGCUGCAUGCAUGUUUGUACGAAUCAUGUCCCACAAUUCAGACACAUUGCAAAGCUACAGCCAGUUCCUGCAGUGUGGUGCCUGCUCUUGUAGCAUCACCUCCCCCAAGCUGCUCUCCUGCCUGCACAGCUUCUGUCAGACAUGUUUGAGAGAUCAGGACGGCUCUGUCACCUGCCCCACCUGCCACCAGACCACCGAGAAGGCUGAGGUGAAGGACAACAAGCUUUUAUCUGACCUGCAAAGCAAACUGGUCAUCCUGAGGCAGAUAGGCAGGGGCAGUGACCUGUUCUGCUCUUGCUGUAAUGCCUCGGCGGGGUCCAUGUGCUUCGAAUGCGAGAAGUUUCUGUGCCAGAAGUGUUUUGAAGCCCACCAGGUGUUCACUGCGAAGGACAGUCACUCAGUGGAGAGCUUGGAGUCCCUGAAAGAGAUGAGCUUCCAGGAAUUCCUGGCCACUGCUCGGAAGAAGAGGCAGCCCUACUGCCCCGACCACGACAAACAGGCAAUCAGCAUCUUUUGCCGAACGUGUUCCAAAUCCAUCUGCUGCACAUGCACAGUCCUGACGCACAAGCCUCAUGACUAUGCUGACAUCAAGCUGGAGGCCCAACUGCAGAAACAUGACCUUACCCAAAUGUCCACCGCGCUCCUGGAAAAAGAGAAAGAAUUCGUCAAAAUCUGCCAGGACCUCUUGUCUCUACAGGACCACGGUCAGCACCAUAAGAAGGAGCUGGUAGAGCAAAUCACAGCUUCGGUGAAAGAAGCCUUGAGGAAGGUGAACCAGAAGGGAGAGGCCCUCUUGGAAGAGCUGGAGAGCCUUUACGCAGUCAAGGAGGUUGAGAUCAAGCACAGGAUCGUUCAGAUGGAGAAUGUGCUGAGGAGAAUCGAAGCCAGCAGGGGUCUAGUUGACAACAUGAUCACCUACGCAGCUUGGAAAGAAGUGAUGGAGAUGCAGGAUUUUGUGAAGUCGGCUAUGUGGCAGCUCCAGAGCGAGCAACCCUUGAACUUGGACUCAGAAGAAACCACAGUGCAAUUUAUCCAAACCACCAAGGAACCAAGUGAUCUACUGGGCAGUUUGGUAGUGAGUAACUCCUUAUCUGCAGAAACAGAAGUGGAGGCUCCUUGUGAAUCGGCUGCCAUUCCGAUAGCUUGGAAAAGGGAGAGGGAGGAGGAAUGGGAUCUGGAUCCAGAUACAGAACCCUGGAUCAGCAUGGAAACCAGCCUGGAUGCAUGGUCCAGCAGGUCCCAUAGAGAAGGGUCUGCUGCUAGCACAGCCCUGGCUUCUCCAGUGGAGCACGGUACAGGGAAAAAUGGCACUUCACUUGAAGAGUCCAUCUUGAUAUCCUCUGAUGAAUCAAAUGAUGCAUUUUCCUUGGUAAGAGAGCUAUUUCAGAACAAAAAGAGAAAAAGAAAAUGCAAAACACCAACAAAAAGACCUGAAUCCACGAUGGAACAUGAAAAACAGUUCCAAAUGAGCUAAAACUGAUCGUCAGGUCGUAUUGUUCUGACGUGUGUGAAUGUGUUAGAGACCGUAUUUCUCCACAAACAGAGGCACACUUUCCUGCUGAAACCAUUGUGAUAUAAAAUUCUUGACGAUUGGUUUAGUUUGUUUACUGGCUUUGAUUUUCCAUGUGCAAUAAAAUAAAAACUUUUUUUUAUUAUUUUGUGUUUUGUCAUUUUCAAAAUAACAUCCAUUUGAGAGCGGAUGGCAUGCACUGAACUUUGUGUUCUUUCUUUUCACUUUUUACAAACCUUUACUGAUAUACAUACAGACAGUACUGUACACAAUUAUGAACCACUUGCCAAAUAAAAAGCCCAAAUGGCAACCAGUCAAUCACAUUUGAUCAGAUUAUCAGAAAUUCUUUCAGCUGGUUUGGGUGUAUCGACCUCCAAGACGUUUUCCAGACCGCUGUAUGCAAGCUAAAAGAAUAACCAUGUACUGUUCAUUUUUUGUAAUCAAUUAAAAAGAAUUCCAAACUUAUUCCAACUUCUGGUCAAACAUUUUCUAUAUCAAUAACACAGGGCGACAAGGUAUUAAAGGAUUUUUUUUCUAUUAGCAAUAUAAUGGGUUUAAUACUGUUACACUUUCUUUUAUGGAUUAAUACUAAUUGUUCAGUUAACUUUAAAAGGACAAACUGUAGAGCUAACAAAAUAAUUUGGGUAUACCUAAUAUUAACUGUAGGUCUCACAUAUUCCACUAUCAAAGGCACACACAACAUGGGGAAUGUGUAUUUGAUUUUUAAUGUCAUUAUUAAUUGCUCCAUACUGUGAAUGUCAUGGGAUAAGCAAAGAUUGAUGACUGAGAACGAGAGCCAGACUCUCAGCUUUUCCUACAUGUUUUAAUUUCUUCUGCGUUCAUCAUGUUCACUUGUGCAGCACUG